UUUUUGAAAGUACAGAGAUUAGAUAAAACAACAACUUGAACAGCAGAAAGUAAUGAUAAAUCUGUAAAUGGGAUUCCAUGGACGCUAUCUUGGUUGUGCCUAGAUUCUAAGCGUCAUGUUGGUAUUGUAAAAGGCACACAAGCAUAGUUCAGGAUGGAGAACUUUGUACUUUACGAGGAGCUUGGAAAGGGUGACAACUCUGUCAUCUACAAGGGACGUCGGAAAGGGACCAUUAACUUUGUGGCUAUUCAUUGUAUCGAUAAAUGUAAAAGACCUGAAGUCACAAAUACUGUGCGCAUGACUCAUGAUAUCGAGCACUCGAACGUGGUCAAAUUCCACGAGUGGUACGAAACCAGCAACCAUCUGUGGCUAGUCGUUGAGCUCUGCAACGGUGGUAGCCUCGAGACUCUCCUCACACAAGAUGGAAAUCUUCCAGAGUCUUCUAUCCGCAGCUUUGGAGUUGAACUAGUCAUCGGGCUCCACUACAUUCACUCACUGAGCAUUUUAUUUCAUGACCUGAGACCGUCCAAGAUUCUCCUAGACACGGAAGGGAUCCUCAAGUACGCCGACUUCAGCCUGGCCAAGGUGGAGGGGGAGAACCUGGAGGAACUCUUCCUCAAGUUUGCGGAGGCCGGGGACCAGUGGAGCUCGCAGACGGCCGAGGAGGUCAUGAAGUACAACAAAUGUACCGGCGCUGUGAUGUACAUGUCACCUGAGCUGAUACAGGGCGGAGACGCCAACGUACUGAGCGACCUGUGGUCCUUGGGCUGUGUGUUCUAUCACAUGUUUGCAGGUCACCCUCCCUUCCUGGCUGAGAGUGAGGAGCACAUCAAGGAGAGGAUCCUCACCAAAGACUUCCCCGUCCCCAAGGUCAAAGAUGUAGACCCACAUGGGUCAUGUGACCAAUUCGUGCCAGAGAAUGCUGGUUGCAGUUCUAGGCUGUCUGCCAAGCCGUCUCCAGAGUUCAUGAGUCUUUUACAAGGUCUUCUCAACAAAGACCCCCAACACAGAAUGGGCUGGCCUGACCUAGUGAGCCACAGUUUCUGGAAAGGUGAGCUGAACCAUCUGGCCAAAGAUUUCUCCUCCACCCUGCCCGAGGUGCACGCCAGCAGCACCACCAUCACCGCGUCCUCCGUGUUCGACCACGGCGGGGGGUCAGCACUGGGCAAGGUCAAGGGCGUGGACCUGCGGCGCAGCAUGGAGCGACCUGUUGCACAGCUGGACACCGUAGAUGGGAGCCGGCCAGGCACAGGGAUGGGCGACUACCUCCGGCCGAAGACGGCGCCAGGGAUGGAGAGUGGAGGAAGUUUGUUCACUCUGAGCGCUCGCCCGCACACGGCCGUUCCCCCGGAUGAGAGACUGACCUCCCCUCACAUGGCCACACAAGCGCCUCUCACGACGCGGGAAGCCAUCGGUUACACGACUGAUGGUGAGGCCAGUCUACAGGACACCGGCACGGAGACUAAGCGACUCAUCUUCCACGACAGCGACUUCGUGGUCACUCAGAUCGUGGAUAAUCCUAAGAUCCAGAAAGUUGCUGUGUGUAAAUACGACUCCAAGACUCUGCCGGUUCCCCCAUUUACCUUGGACAAGCUGUCUGGUCUGUCGGAGAAGGAGAUCCUGAAGCAUGCCAAAGCCAUCACAGACAACAUCAGCCAGGUGGAGAAGGGACCCCCAUCACAGAAACGUAUACAGCUGCUGCACUACGUCUCCUGUGUAGCUUCUUGUAGACUGCUGUCUACCGCUCUGACCCAGAACGGAAUCAUCGGAGCCAUGACGAAGCUCAUAAGAGAAUCCUCUCAUCUGGAUAUACGGGUGAAAUUUUCCAGAGCUCUUGCCUUGGUGGCACAUUUCACAGAAAAAAUCGACACCAGCGUGAAUCUGUCGGAGUCAAUGUCGACCCUGUCUGAGAUGUUGCGAGAAAACAUGAAGAACACACGACUGAAGCAAGGUCUGCUGCCAGCUCUGGGGGAGGUCAUAGCACUUGUGGCAGCUCAGGAACAACGACUUCAAGAGUCCGUGGAGGCGUGGGCCGUGCCCUCUAUCGCCUACACCACCAUCAUCCGCGGGAUCAGGGAAGGGGAUGACCAGGUUUUGAACCACAUGGCCGCCAAAAUCAUAGAAACGGUCACCGCUACUCGCAGUACCCACGCACAGAAAUUUGUGACGCAGGAAGUGUGUCAGUCGCUGUGGUAUCUGUUCAAACACUCGGCCGUCGAUUCGGUGCGCUGCACGGCCAUCUCGGCGUUGUGUCGUCUGACGUGGCAUAACGCCGCCAUGUUCCAAAACCUUCUGGACUCGGGCGGCCUGACGCCGGUGAUGCAGGCGCUGACCGGGGGCGUGUCUCGUGUCCAGCAGGCAGUCAUCACCAUGCUGGGACUGUUCAUGGUCACCGUCGGCUACACCAACAGGCUCUUCCAGGAUAAAGAUUUCAGGAGCAAAAUCAUGCGGUGUUUUGAGAGCCCCUCGUCGGUGAUUCGCGGCAAAGCGUUUGUCUUGAUUCAUGAAAUGGUGCACAACAACAACGAGCUCUUGUUGAGCUGUUGUCAAGCAAGACGAGAUUCUGGAUUGCCUGGAUCAGGUCGGAGGUCGUAAACACCCGAGCACGGUGCAGGCCAAACAGCUGAAGACUUCCCUCCCUUUGCUGCCCAUCUUCAACCACCUCGUCACUAGCCAGGUGUUUCGUCCGUACAUCGUAAGUCGAGACUUUCUGAGUCAGUACGUCAAACUCCUGGAGCACGUGGUCAAGAUUGAGACGGGCGAGACCAACAUAGAAGCAGCCUCAGAAAAAGCCAAAGCGUCCAUCAGCGUGGCAGAGUUUGUCGGGUCGUCGCUGUCGGUCUUGGAGGGGAUAUCCCAGCAUCCUCCACUGCUGAUCGAGCACAACGUGGUUGUCAUGGAGACAGUGCUUCCCCAACUGGCGGCUCUGGUCGCGUGUCAGAACGUGGACACAAAGGCGCAGGCGCUGCAUCUGUUUGGCGAGAUAGCCUCCGUGUUCCUGACACAGGAUCAGUUUGGCAUCACCGACACGCGCGUCAACACGACACAGCUACACGCCAUCAUCUCGGAGAAGCUCUUACCACAGUUUGAGCCCAUCUUGCUUGACCUUGACCCCCUCCCGAGCUACGCCCUGAAGCUGCUGCUGGCGCUGCUAGAACACAACCCGGCGUUCAUCAAACAGAUGGAAGCCCAAGGCCUGGUGGUGGUCAUCUUCCAAGUCCUCAUGGACCACCAGAACAACCCGCUGGGUCGCGUGAUGCAGGGCGUGGUGGCCGUGGUGAGUUGUCUGGUGAGCCACAAGGAGACAGACAUGAGGGAACUCUAUGAUCAGGGCCUCAUCGACCACCUGACCAACAUGUUCUUCGAGGUGUGGAACUCGGUGUGCGAGGGGGAGGAGGGAGGUCGCGACGUGAAGACGGCCGUCACCAUGCUCUUCACUCUGCUGGACACGCUCAGCGCCAUCCUGCGCUACGUCUCCGAGGUCGUUCGCAAAGCGCUGCAGGUGAAGAACAAAGGUGGGGAGGGUUCUCAGAAGGAGGCUGAGUUUGGUGAGCAGCUAUUGAUGAUGAACAAGUCCCUGACUGACCUCAACUCCUUGCUCACCCAGUUGCUGUGUUACGAAGACGCGGAGAUUCAAGAUCUGUCCAUCAAGUGUUUGUCUCUCCUGGUUCAGCUCUUCGGCGGAGAGAGUCGAGAAGCCAUGGCGCCCGACAAUAUGGAGUAUUACAGCAAAGCUCUAAGGACGACAGAAGCGAAAAAGCAAAAAGUACUUCUGAGGGUUAUCAAGCGACUGCUGACCACAGACUCGCGACACUUGGAGUCGAUGAAGAAACACGGAGACAAGCUGGCCAAGACUAUCCAGUCACUCGCUGACACUGCCAGUUCCCACGCUGAUGUUGCCUUGACUACUGUUGCGGCUGAAAUUCUUCGCAUGACUGGACACAUCUCAGGCUGACUAGUUACCACCGAGGGAUGAUUGAAGGAUGACCGAAGGAUGAUGGAAGGACGUUCGAAGGAUGGUCGAAGGAGGAUGGAAGGAUGACCGAAAGACGAUUGAAUGAUGAUCGAAGGACGAUCCAAGGAUGAUCCAAGGAUGACUGAGACCUAGUUCUCUGUGGCUAAUGGCCCUGGUUGCUUUAUACUGCAUCAGAAAACAUUGAGUCUAACACUCCACACACUUAGCGAACAGAUUCUCAGGCUCUGAAUUAGUUCUUUUCCGUGUUUAGUCCUUGUCUAAUAAACCACAACCAUUUUGAAAUUCAAACUACGUAAUGAAAAGAUUUCCAUGUCCCACUGAUUUCGCUUUGUGCGUGCUAGACUGCAAUUUGCUAAAAAUGUGGCUUUUUUUAGUUUGAUGUGUUCAUUGUGGUGGCAGUUCCAGCUCUGUGGUUGGCUCAUAAUGCUAAAGCUCAGGCUUGUGGUAUUUUUUUCCUUUCUCCACAUGGAGUCCAUAUCACAACGUGUUGUGUCGUGUUAUGGUACAGUGCAACCUCUCUCUAUAAUGAUAAUCGAUAUAACGACACUAUCUGUAUAGCGACACGGUGCCCAGGUCCCCAUUUUUUCCUUAUAUCAUAUCAUUAGUAAUUUUUGGUUACCUCUCUAUACUGACAUUUUUUUCUGGUCCGGAUGAUGUGGUUCUAGAGAGGCUGCACUUUAUAUCUUGCAAAGGAGCUCGUGUUUAGAAGUCCUGUAGUUUCAGAGUCCCACGGCUCAAAUGAUCAAACUUACUUUAUUGCCUCACUUAGUUGGCCACUUCAAGGUGGGUGGUUGGCGGGUGCUCUGGUGUGGUUUGCUCCUUCUUUCCUACCAAACAUCUAUCGUCCUGAUCUCUCCUCCUUCUUUUUUGUGUUUGUUACUCUCUUGUAACACCUCUAAUCUUCGACACUUAUAUGACUUUACUGUGUUGCAAGUGACGUAAAACUCUUACUAAAACUAAGCUAACCCUCUAGUUGUUGGGUUGUGCCCCUUGCUGAUAAACAGAGCUUAUGUUUGAUUUCCCCUCAAUACAACAGUUUAGCACGGAUAGGCUGAAUACAGAAGACUCGAAAUCACGCAUCCGUCGAACUGUGCCUGCAGUCCUGUAUUUUUUCUUCUUCUUUAUCUUUGUAAGCUAUCCCUCGAAUCACAAAUCCCUCAACCCUCAACCUACCACCGAGGCCUGUGUCGACGAACUUGAGCUGUCCAUGUUCUACUGUACCUCGGGACACAUAUUAUUGUCCCGAUAUUCGAAAGGAAAAACAGUUUUGUUGAUCCAUAUUGAGAAUUUUUUAAAUUUUAUCUUUUCCGUCCAGAAACUUGAAAGGGUUUCUUUUCAACUUGAUUGACAGGCAUGGCAGAGGAGGGUGGGAAGGAUUGAAGCCGGUGGAAGUGACCAUCAAUUAUUUAUUUUUAGAGGCACCAGCCAUGUGAAUUGUGUAAAAAGAACGCGGUUCUGAAUUGUGAAUGAAUAAAUCUAUAGAAAGAAACCCAACAAAUUAUGUAUAAAGUAUGCUGAGUACUGUACUGUAUUGAAACAUAUCAGAUGUCAUAGUGUGUUUCAUUUGAUGAUGUUCAUUUUAAUUUUCUCCUCUAGUAUGAUUGAUACUGGUGUGAGUGUGUUUUUUGAGUGGUUCUUAAUAUGAAUAUUGUAUUCCAUUUGUAUAUUGUUUACUGUUAAUUUAAGAGUUCUUUAUGUUUACAGGGUUUUUUUGUUUGUUUUUUAAAAUUUAAUUGCGCAAUCUAGUUAUUCAUUGUGUGAAAUAUCUGACAAAAAAUGUCACCCUGAAACAGUGAAAUGUCUCAAUGUCAUGUGAUAUAAUGUGCAUGCGGGCACAUGUCAUGUGAUAUAAUGUGCGUGCGGGCACAUGUCAUGUGAUAUAAUGUAUAAUAAUUAAUACAUUUGUGUCACAAUAUCUA